ACUCAAGGUCAGAGUCAGCAAAUCCUCCUCUAAAAAUAGACUCUAGUUGCAAAGUUGGUAAGAUUUCUUUUGUCGUUCGGCCGCACUUCACAGGACCCAGCUACCUAGAGCACCCACCUAAGCCUAGAGUUUCUUGCACAUACUGAGCGCACUACUCCGCGGACAAGAUGUCAUCAGCAGAUUUGAAUGCUGGGAAGAAAAAUGCAUACAUAGCAAUCAAAGUAGAUCCUGACAACGAUUACUGUACCCCAGGUGCAUUUGAAUUGGAGCGACUCUUCUGGAAAGGAUGCGCAAAGUACACUCAUGUCAAUGAAGUCUGGCCCAACCUCUACAUAGGAGAUGAGAAAACUGCGUUAGAUCGCUACAGCCUUGAGAAGGCAGGCUUCACCCACAUCCUCAAUGCAGCCCAUGGUCAGCGGAAUGUGGACACAGGACCAGAAUAUUACCAUGACAUGACUGUGGAGUAUCAUGGAGUAGAAGCAGAUGAUCUCCCCACUUUCAAGCUCAGCCAGUUCUUCUACUCAGCUUCUAAGUUCAUUGAUAAUGCACUUCAGGAUGAAAGAAACAAGGUUCUGGUUCACUGUGCUAUGGGUCGCAGCCGGUCAGCCACACUGGUCUUGGCUUACCUGAUGAUUUACAAGAACAUGACAGUAGUGGAUGCCAUUGAGCAAGUAUCAAGACACCGAUGCAUCUUGCCAAACCGGGGCUUCUUGAAGCAGCUGAGAGAACUGGACAUAGCGUUGGCACUGCAGAGGAGGAAUACCAAAACCAGCCUACCAUCUGAUGAUGACGAGAACAGCACCAUGAUCUAGCAUUGUUUCUGGCAGGGUUGUGCUACUGGGAAAGAAACUCCUUAAAAGGAGGGGAGGGGAAGGUGUAGUUAAUUACACAGUCACAGGGAUCAUUUGUUAU